GAUUGUAGGCAGGGCUCUACCACUGAGUUGUACCUUCAGCCCAGGACAUAUAAAUUUUGUCCUUUAUAAAGUUCUUUUACUCUGACGAGUUUUCUUACGUGGAAGCACACCUGCUUUCUGGGGAUAAGUUAGGGUUACUUAGGUUUUCGCCUGUGUGAUCAUAAAUGGAAUCCAUUCAUAGUUCUACUUUCUGGUUCUGGAAACUGUCAUCCAGCUUUGGAAUUAAGGGCCAGGUGGGCCUCAUAAAACAAGCGUCACCUCUUUGUGUAUUUUGGUUUUGGAACUUGUUUGGGAUGAUCUAGUCCUUGCAACAAUUUGUGUUUUAGGAAGAUGCCUUCGGGGAACAGGUUGAGAGUGGAAAACCAGUUAAGAUGUCUUUGCAGAAGAUGAUGGCUGGGCUGUGAGGAAAGUGUGAGGCAGAGACUGUGGUGCUCAGAGGAUCUGGAAGGGGCCACAUUUGGUCCUGAUUUCACACACAUCCUGGGAAGGAUGAAUAUUUUAAUGGCUGACAGAUGUCUCACCUCGUUCUAGCUCUGUGGAGUUACUUCUAGUGCCCUGUGUUGAGGCGCUAGUUCCAGGCCACAGAAAUGGAGUUGGGGAUCAAGGCGUAGGUGUGCUGCCAUCAAGUCCUUGGCUGGGACAGCACCAGAGGGGGGAUGCACAGAAAGGGGAAGAACAGGCACCAAGCCAAAGAAAAACAGUGGAGGCUGGGCUGGCCGGGGGCCUUACUGAGUCGCGAGGCAUGUAACUCAGCUGAUAGCAUGCUUGUUCACAGUGCUCAGCACCCUGGGUUGACACCUCGGCACAUAUAAGCUAGUCAUGGUGGCUGGUAAAUCCCAGCAGCACUCAGAGACAGGAGGAGCAGAAGUUCAUGGUCGUCCCUGGGUACAUACUAAGUGCCAGGCUAGCCUGGAAUUCAUGAGAUGUGUGUUGCCUGGUGGCCAGAGAGACUUCCAGGAGUCUGGAGUGAGCACAGGUUUAGACUUUGCUGUCCCUCAGUUGUCCAGGUAGAUGGUGAGAACUCUGCUGGGCAGACCGGGCUCUUCCUGUCCGCACUACUGGGCCAUACUUCUACUGUGCGCCUGCUACUGGCCUUUGGGGCCAACCCCAACCAGUGAGUAGACAAGUGCCAGUACCCCAACACUCUCAGGCCACAAAUCGCCUUCCAGAGCCCAGUGCCUUCCCUGGUCUCUGGGUUAACCUCUUCUGGCUCCCCAGUGACUGUUCUCAUUCUGGUGCCUUCCAGAGUUCCCAAAGAUCCUCCCCCUCCCACACUGACCCCCCUGAGUUCUCAUGUAACCCGCUUCCCAGGACUUCUCCCUUCCACUCAGCCCCCAUUCAGCUCCCUUUUGUGCCUGUCUCCUCCCCUUUCUUCAUCCAUCCCACCCUUGCCCCUGGUUCUGUCCCAGCCGCUGCCUUGAUGGCAGCACACCUGUGCAUGCCGGUGCCUUCUCAGGCCGAGGGCUGGUGGUGUGGCACCUGCUGCAGGCAGGAGGUGACCUGCGCCUGCGUGACCGGCAAGGUCGCACGCCAAGAGACUGGGCUGAGCAGGGUGAUGCCAAGCAGAGCUGGGAGGUAAGAAGUGGCCAGGGUACGUUAGAGUCAGCAAGGCCAGCAUGGGCGCCCAAUCUCACCCUGUGUCCCACCCAGGUGCUGGAGCUGUUGCGGUGGUGUCGUACCCACAUGUCAGCGCUGGUGCAGAGUGGGGAGUUGGCAUCCACUGUGUCCCCAAGUCAAUUACAAGCUAGCUCUGGACACAGCCUGUGUGGCACCCUGCCCUCACUCAGGCUGGCUCGGGCAGACAGGGCACUGAGGCAAGGGCAGAUCAGGAGAUCCUCCCAAACCCCAGCCUUGGGGUUUGGCCAGCUGAACAGCCUGCAGCCACCGGCACUGAUAAUGGGCAUCCCUCUGGUAGACCCCAAAGAGCUAGUACCAACCCAGGGUGAGCCUGACCGCACCUACAAGAGCAGUUCUCAUACCUUCAUGGCCAACCUCCUGUGGAAGGGCCACCCUGUUACUGUACGUCAGCUGAAGACCCCAGAAACCCACCCUGACGUGCUGCUGGCUGACCUUCAGCACUGCAGGUUACCAGUCCCAGAUGACCGCUGACUCCAGCAGUCCAUAACCAAGAGGAUGUGGUACUGGCCAUGGUUGUAGUUAAGCUUCGUCUCUGGGCUAGCAUCCAGCAUGGAGCCCUCCAGCUAUAACGACACCCUCCCAUAGAGUGGUACCCAGAGAGGAGGAAGGGAUGGGAGGGCACUUAGGCUGAUACAGACUGGGGCUGACCUGUCACUGCUAGGCUGUGAUGGAGGGUCUCAAUGUUUUCUGCAUGGUGGCUGGUGAGACAGUCUUCCCCUGGCCCUGGUAGGUGGCCUGUGGCCAGAAGCAGCCCUCACCUUGAGCAGGUGGGGGACAUUCUGAAGGACCUGCUCUGCUCCCUCCCAGCAUCCUGCACCACCCUGGCCUGCUGCUGCUGAUGGCAGUGAGCCCCUCAGAGGACCUGUCUGGACUCAGCCUGCUCUUUGAGCCAGUGUGGCUGGGCUCCCUUUAUAUCCUGCUGCAUUCCGCAAGAGCGGUUGAGGAGGGUUCCCGAGCCCUGCCAGGCCUGCUGCCCAGCUCUCUGCUGCUACAGGUGGUGGAGGCCCUGUUGUUCCUGCAGUCCCGCUGCUGGGCCCAUGGCGGCCUCAGCUCUCAUGCUGUACAGCUAGUGCGACCAGGCCUGGUUAAGGUGAGCCACCUAGAACACGGGCGUCCGCUGAACCAGCCCAGGCUGCAGCCCAGGCUGCAACGGGACUACCCCCAGGGAGACCCAAGUCCAGGGCUUCCCCCACCCCCUGAACUGUACCCAUGGCUACCACUUGAGCUGAUCCGUGGUGACAUGCCAGCCCCUACCUCAGACCUCUACAGCUUCUGCAUCCUGGCCCAGGAGGUCUUCACUGGUCAGUGGCUCACCCUACACUUACUGCCCACCCUGGAGACAGCACUAGUGUGGGUCUCCUCAUGGUCCUUCUUCACAGGAGCGCUGCCGUGGGCUGGGGGAGAGGGACUGGAGGUGAAGGCAAAGCUGGAGGCAGGUGAGAGCCCGGCCCUGGACCCCUUGCUGCCAGCUCCUUAUCAGGCCUUGGUUCAAGCGGGGCUGGGCCUAGAGCCUGCUGACCGCUGGGGCAGCUUGCAGAGCACUCGGUACCUAUUGCGAAAGGCCAUGGCCAAGGACUCAGAACCCAAGGUCAACUCCCCAGCAGAGUGGACAGCACUGUCUCCUGUAACCCUGGGUUCCCUGCCAGAGCAUCUGUACCGUGAAGUGACCCCCAAGGCCAAGGCCAGAUCAAGGCUUGUGCUCCCUUUCCCAGACCCUUCCCAGGCCCUGGAUAGUUCUGAGGUCACAUAUCACAGCAGAGUCCAGCAGAAUACAGCCUGGGACUCGGGCAGCAGCUUGACUCUAGGCAGCAGCUUCAGCCCCAGCUCCAGUCUUCAUCUGGACCCCAGCUCUGGUGUGGGCCCCAGCCCCAGCUCCAGCACACACUGUUGCCUGGAACCCAUCUCAAUAGCCCUGACCUGCCCACCGGCCUUCUGGAGCCAGCCUCCCUGCUGGGGACCCAGAGCUCUGAGGAGCAGGGUGAGAGGAAGUUCUGCCAGGACCCAAGCUCUGCAGGGGCAACUGUGGCACAUAUGGGACUGCUGUCCUGGACCCCCACCCCUGCGUGCUGACAAAGAGGCUUCAAUGCCCAGAGAGCUGCUGCCAGGGAAGGCCAUGAGUAGAACACCCAAAGCCCCAGGCUCUAAGCCUCUGUGGCAGCUGGUGGCAACUUGACCUUUCCUC